GGUACUCCAAGUACAGAUCUAGACUUGGGCAAGCACGGCCAAGAUGGACAAUUGCAUCAGAUAGGUACUUAAUAUCAGUAGUAAAGAACAGCACUUAGUCAUGUAUAUACUAUAGACUUUCGGCCAGCUGCAUGCGCUCAUAUAAUGUAGCUUUCAAUACUACUUACGACUACUUACGACUUACUUACAUUUCAACUACGUCAACGUAUAAUAAACGCCUUUUGUCCUCCCCCAGACCUCAAAUUUCAUCAUCUCCUCUUCUUUCUUCCUCACCUAAGCUUUCUCAUACAUUGUGAAUUGUGAAUUCGCAAUCUCAUAACAAUUUUAUAUUCAAUUACCCAAUUACCCAAUUACCCAAUUACCCUAAUAUACCAAUAUACCAAUAUACCCUCACCGUGAUACCCAAAACCCGAUUCUCUGCUUUGCGCCAUCGUCGAAUACCUAACUAAGAACUGAUAUCAAUAUACCCUAUUUACAUAUCGCGACGCCAUCAUGGCAAGCGUAAACAAACCAACCGACAUCAAGCAGAAGGAAGCCGAUGUCAACCGAAAGCUUCAGAUAUACGGCAUCGUCAACGCAUUUCAGAUUGGCAAACUGCCAUCCAAUGAACAAAUAGAUGUCGCCCUAAACAGCUUCCUCCAGUCUAGGGCGUUAGCAAACCCCCCAGAGCGACUUUCACCAGAAGGACGAGAACUUGUCGCAGACGUGAAGGAUGUUGUGACUCAAGCUAAGAAGCUUCUACUAUCCAAGAACGAAGGAAACCUCCUACAGGAUUUCAUCUGGCAGACCCAGCAGUUUGACCCCAGUACCCUAAGCGUACCCAAUGCUCCCGUCGACAAGGAUACGGCGAAGCAACAUGGCGACAAGGCUCUUGAGGGGCUUCGGACUCUAGGAACAUUGAUUAUCACCAACGGCCAGUUCCGCAAGCUUCUCCAUGAUGCUACCGUACUACUACGCGACAUUGCUGCCGAUGCCGCUACCAAUGCCGCGAACGUGGUGCGGCCUGCUGGCGAGGAACUUUCUCAAAUCGAUCGUCCUGCUGAGGACAACGUCUGGCACGAUCCUCCUAAUUUCUCCAAGGAAACACUGAGGUCCCAGCUCCAGAAUCUUUACAAGAGCGACCCAGCACAGGAUGCCAAAGGUGUUGCAAACGCCGGAGCCGGAGCUGUUCAACAACCGGACGGGUCGGCAGGUGAUCGCAUGAAUGCUGCACAAAAUGCGACAGGCAGGGCUACGCAGCAAGUCGUCUCCAACGUUGACCCAGAGACCCGCGAAUCUUCGAAGGAGACAGCCGAAGAGUAUCGCGCUCGCGUUAGACAGUAUCUCUCGAAGAAGGUGCCCGAGGAGCGUCGUGAUCAGAUCAUCUGGCGUCUGAAGAAAAUGAUCGUUGAAUGUCAGCAACACCCUGACUAUCAGCAAGCCAUUACUACGCUGCUAGAUUUGGCUGAGCAGUAUGGCUCUCAUGGUAGAAGCAUUGCCACCGGAGGUACCGGUACUGUCAAGAAGGCACGAACCCACCUGGCUGCCGCUGAAGCUGACCUGAAGACUUUGAUUGAAAGAUUCGCCAACGGAACAUCCACUGAUGAUCUCUGGUCUUCUAUCAACACUAUCUAUGAGGAUGCCGAUAGGGAUCCCGAGCUCAAGAACUGGUUCAAGUCUAUGAACGCUUACGUCCGCAAGUGUCUCAAGCAGCAAGGUUACAUUAUGGAAGAUGCUUCUAACGAGGACUGGCACCGCCUCUAUGAUCACGGCAACUAUCUCCUCCGUGAGAAGUACAAGGCUCACACUGAUCGCGUUGUUGACGAGCUCAAGUUCUUGGCCGAUCAGUUCGAUCAGGACCAUCAAAACAAGGCCUUCGCGAAUUCGGUACAGAAGUUGUUCAACGACCUUGGCCACGAUAAGAAUGGCAAGGCAACUUUCAAGCCUCAGUUGAUCAAAGACCUGACUGAUGUCAUCCUCCCGGCCGCCUUUGAGAAAAUUGCAUACAUUCCCAUCCCCAGGAUCGAGUAUUCCGACAGCGAGAUUGAUGCCGUCGUGGAGAAUCUCGUUUUGGAGAGUGACAACUUCAUGCCGAACGUCCUUGAAGUCGCCAGCGAAAACUACUUCCGCUGGGGUCGCAAGAAGAUUGCGAGCAAGAACAAGAACACGAUCGACGUCAAAGUCACUGGAAUCCAGAUGGACCUGCCCGAUGUCAGCUUCUAUGUCAAGCACAAGCAAGGCUUCCCCUCCAUUACCGACUCCGGCGUUGCUAAUAUCAAAAUGGGUGGCGAUGGGUUCUGCUUCCGCCUGAAAUUGUCUACUGCGGACGACAAGGACGGGCAGCACUUCUUGAAACUUGACAAGGUUGAUGUCGAUGUUAAGAACCUCAAGAUCAACCUUGUCAAGUCCAACCACAAGAUCCUCUUCACUCUUUUCAAGCCCAUUAUGCUCAAGGUUCUCCGCCCAGUGAUCCAGAAGACCGCCGAGAAGCAGCUCAAAGACCAGUUCAACAAAUUUGAUCAACUGCUAUGGCAGGUCAAGCAGGAGGCGGAUCGUGCGGUCGAUGAGGCUCGAUCCGACCCCAAAAACGCCCCGAACAUCUACAACCGAUACUUCAAUGCGGUUCAGAAGCAAUUCUUCCAAGGUAAAAAGAAGGCAGAGGCCGUUACGGCCGACAAGAAGGUCAACAUGGCCGUCACUAGGGAGGACAGUAUCUUCCCCAACAUCCAUCUGCCUGGCGGUAUCAGCUCUAAGGCUACCGAGUACAAGGAACUGGCCCGAAAGGGUGAGCGUUGGGAGAGCCCCGUCUUCUCUAUCGGUGCGGCGUCCAAGAGUACCGAUCUUCCUGGUGCUCCCCAAGUUACCCGCAAGCCGCACGCUGCCAACUCCAAUACCACAAACGGAAACUACACUAAUGGCAACUACACCAAUCGAAACCAAACCAACGGUAACUACACCAAUGAGAGGACUGUGGACGGGAAGUACUCUGGACCCAUCUCCACCACCGGCCCCGUGAGCACUACUGUUCCUACCGAAAGUGGCAACGCUGUUAGGAUCUAGAGGGUGUAUGAAGUGUGAUAGUCACUCCUUUUGGAUACGUCUUGUAUAAUAUGAUGGAGAUGGGAAUGGAGGAAGGACGAAGUCGUAAUCAGGAAGUUCCAGAUGUGGAUAUACCCGGAGAUACCCCCAGGACUCAGAUUGGCUUCUUCAUUUUUUGAAAAAGUUGCUAGGGAAGAGCAUUGGUUGGCGGUGGUGAUGAUACCUGUCUUUGUCUUAAUUACUUUUUGAAUAUCCUAUUUUCCUUUGUUGUUGC